UCGUUGUCUUUGUUGAUAUGAAUCGACCGAUGGUAAUUCACGCUAAUGAAGAUUGGAUUGCACGAAUAUGUUUGAUAAAUUUAUUUUUAGCUAUGUUUAUGGAUGUCGGCGAGGAUGAAUCUUCAGAUCCAAAAUUGCAAGGCACCGAAGGUGCUUUUGAUGAGACAGAUAGUGAUGUGGCGAUACACUCACAAGAAAAUUCAUUGAUCUCAUGUAAACGUGGAUUUGCAGAAUCUGUUGAGGCAUUGGGGGGGUCAGCGUUCGAACCGAAACAAAUGAUUAGAUCAAGUUCAACUCGUGUCAUAACAUCCGAUACCACUCACUUAGCUAUUGAACCAAGUCAAGUGAUAGAAUACGAAUGGCCUUUUAAAUCUGGGGAGCGAUAUUUUAUUCAAGAACAAAUCGCUGAACUUCUAGAUAUAAAAUCAUUCAAGCGGAAAUAUCCGGAAUUAACAAGAAGGCCAAUCGAUUGGAAUGAAAAAGAACAUCUUUUAUCUUUUUAUAAACUUUCUUCAGCUAUGAAUGAAAUAAGUAAGGUUCAUUUUCUGAUAAUGAUGUUAAAGCUUCUUUAUUUUCAGGAAUAUCAGAGAGCAGCAGCGGAUAAAAUAAAGCUUCAAAUGGCUGAACAACAGAAGCAAUUAGAAGCUAUUAAAUUGGAUACAAGUAAAAUGCGAGAAUUACGAGAGAAAUGUAUAAAAUCUACUUGCGAAUACAACCGAGAUCUAAACAUUUCUAAAAAUUUAGAAAGGCGUCAUUUUUGGGAUAUUCAAACAUCAAUCAUCCAGUCGCCUCGAAAUAGGUGGAAGAAAAUGUCGCCAAAUGCUAGUCGGCCAGGUCCUUAUCCUGUUGCUCUAAUUAACGGUCAGUAUCAACAAUAUUAUCGAAGGUAUACAUAUGAAGAGAUGCGCCGUUUGCCACUUCACACUAUUUUAGAUUAUGAAUAUUUGCUUCCACCAAAACGAGAAUUCUCUCCUCCUCCAAUUCUUAUUGAUAAAAGUGAAAUAGCGAUUCCAAACCAAACUGCUGAAGCGUCUCAAGAAGUAUUAACAACUGUACCUAACUUUCCCAGUUGUGGAUAUACGAUUAUUCCCCAAUUAUCUCAAAAGGUGAGUGGCUUACUCCUUUCAUUUUGA